CAACAUUUUUGUUUUUAAAUAGACCUCAAUCAACAUGACAAUGAAGGUAUUGCAAUGGUUGAAUGUUGAAACCAGGUUUGACAGUUAAUUCCAGACGCUGGUGACCCCAAAUUGGAGUUUUUUAGCAUGAAAAUAUGAAACAAAACUUGAAAAUAAUGGGUGAACAAGCCAACCAUCUCUUCAACCAAAACACCAAUAUUACCCAGUUGGCAAAAUCCGGUAAAAUCGAGGAAGCCAUGCAAAUUUUCUCUGGAAUGACCCACAGAAACACUGUAACAUACAAUUCCAUGAUCUCUGCCUUCAGCAAAAACGGAAAAAUCGACGAUGCACGCCAACUCUUCGACAAAAUGCCUCAAAAAAACUUAGUUUCUUGGAACACAAUGAUUGCUGGGUACUUACACCAUGACAAAGUUGAUGAAGCUUAUCAACUGUUCGUUAGAAUGCCUAAAAGAGACAGAUUUUCUUGGACUUUGAUGAUAACUUGUUUCACACGUGAAGGGGAGCUUGAAAAGGCUAGAGAAUUGUUUGAUUCAUUGCCUCAUAAGCGUGAUGUGGCUUGUUGGAACGUGAUGAUUGGAGGGUAUGGUAAGAAAGGAAGGUUUAUUGAAGCUAAGAGAUUGUUUGACGAAAUGCCGGUUAGGAAUGUUGUUUCGUGGAAUUUGAUGUUAUCGGGUUAUACUCGGAAUGGGGAAAUGCAUUUGGGGAGGGAGUUUUUUGACGGAAUGGAUAUACGGGAUGUUGUUUCCUGGAAUUUAAUGGUUGAUGGGUUUGCGGAGGUUGGUGAUUUGGAUUCUGCUUGGGAGUUUUUUGGGAAGAUUCCGAAUCCAAAUGUUGUGUCUUGGGUUACGAUGUUAUGUGCAUUUGGACGAAGGGGUAAAUUAUUGGAGGCAAGGAGAUUGUUUGAUCAGAUGCCGAGUAAGAAUAUUGCUUCUUGGAAUGCUAUGAUUGGUGCUUAUGUCAAGGAUUUCCAAAUUGAGGAGGCUGCUAGGUUGUUCAGGGAGAUGCCGAAGAGGGAUUCAGUUUCAUGGACUAUGAUGAUUGAUGGUUAUGUUCAUGUUGGUCAGCUUGAUAAUGCAAGGGAAUUACUCAAUCAAAUGCCUUACAAGAGUAUUGUGGCACAAACCGCAAUGCUUUCUGGAUACAUUAAGAAUAAAAGAAUGGGUGAAGCUUGUCUGGUUUUUAAUGAUAUUGCUGCCAGAGAUACCAUUUGCUGGAACACCAUGAUUGCAGGGUACGUACAGAUGGGAAGAAUGGAUAAGGCUCUCAGUCUAUUGAAGGAUAUGGAAAAGAAGGACUUGGUAACAUGGAACACCAUGAUCAUUGGUUAUGCUCAAAUUGGAGAAAUGGACAAAGCAGUUAAGAUAUUUGAGGAGAUGAAGGUAAGAAAUGUAGUCUCUUGGAAUUCUUUGAUAACAGGUUUCUUGCAGAAUGGCUUAUCAUUGGAUGCAUUGAAUAGUUUCAAACUGAUGGGACAUGAAGGAACAAUACCUGAUCAUUCAACUUUUGCAUGUGGUCUAAGUGCAUGUGCCAAUCUCGCAGCGUUGCAAGUUGGAAAGCAGAUGCACAAUAUGGUUUUGAAGACUGGUUAUGUAAAUAAUUCAUUUGUAGGGAAUGCCUUGAUCACCAUGUAUGCUAAAUGUGGAAGAAUCUUUUAUGCUCAACUCAUAUUCAACGAUCUUCAUGAAGUUGAUGUUGUUUCUUGGAAUUCUAUGAUUACUGGUUACACCUUAAAUGGUCACGGAAAAGAGGCUGUUCAACUCUAUGAACAGAUGGUGUUAAAAGGAGUGCUCCCUGAUCAUGUCACCUUCAUUGGGGUUUUGUCGGGAUGUAGUCACAUUGGCCUUGUUGAUAAGGGUUUAAAAUUGUUUAAGUGCAUGACUGAAAUUUACUCUAUAGAACCUUUGGUUGAACACUAUGCUUGCAUUGUUGAUAUGUUAGGCCGUGCUGGGAUGUUAUAUGAAGCAUUUGAAGUGGUAAGGGGAUUGAAGAUCAAGGCAAAUGCAGGAAUAUGGGGUGCAUUGCUGUCGGCUUGCAAGAUUCAUGGGAAUUUGGAGCUUGGUAAGAUUGCUUCUAAGAAGCUUUUGGAAUUUGAACCUCAUAAAACUUCAAGCUCUGUGCUGUUGUCUAAUAUGCAAGCUGAGGCCGGUAGAUGGCAUGAGGUUGAAAACAUGAGGUUAAUGAUGAAAGAGAAUGAAGCAGAGAAGCAACCAGGCUGCAGCUGGACUGAAGUUGGAAAUCAGUUACAUUGUUUUCUGUCCAAUAGGCCAAUGCAGCCUGAGACAGCAGAGAUUUACAGCACAUUGAAAGCUUUAACCUCACAGAUAAAAAACUUAGAUCGCAUAUCUGAUGACUUUGCAUAUCCACUUGAUAAUUUAUGAUGCGCAGUUUCACUAUGUAGUAUUUCUUCAGAAAUUAAAGGCGUAGUUUUUUUUACUAAAAGGUCUCGCAAGAGGAGACUUACAAAAGAGGGAUCAUGCCUGCCAUGCAAGAAAAGCAGGCUACAAAAGGAUAGAGGCCUGCUAUGUUCGGAAGAUAAAGUGCAGUGAAACAUAGCAUGGUGGCAUUUUAAGACAUCAGUGAAGCAAUGACAUCGACUGGGAAAUAAACUCAGAAAAAAACUAACUGAAAAUGAGCAUUUUAAUCACCCUCCCUAUGAUGGUUCUGAAAGUAGGAUCUGAAGUUUGAAGCUCUUCUAACCCCUGCCUUGGCCAAUCUGUCUGCCACGGUAUUGGGUUCUCGUAUGAUGUGGUUGAAGGAGAUCCCUACACUGCUGAGUAGGUAAACCUCAAUGGCAUUCGAGAUGUUCUUCAUCCUCCACGGAACUUUAUUAUGGUUGUUGACCCAGUUAAUGGCGUUCCAUGAGUCGCUCUCCACUAUCAGGGAAUGAGAGGUUGCCCAAGGGGAGGAGAGAAACAAUCUGAUCCCUUCAGGGAUAGCACAGAAUUCAGCGAAGUUGGAGUCCUCUCCUCUGUGCCAAUGUUUUCAGAGUAGGUGCCAAGAAUGAAGCCUAUAUGGUCCCAGAGCACCCCCCACCAUAGCAGCGGGGCCAGCCUUACCUUUGUGCAAACAAAAGCAAGAGAACCGUGUUAGCUUCAGUUGAAUGAAAUGCAUCAUUUUAGCACACACGCAUAUAUCAUUGUUAUAUAAAGGUGACGAG